CUUUGCAUAAACCCAGAUGCCUCCCCUCCCUCUUGAUGAGCGUAUAGUGGUCAUUCAGCGCCCUAAAAACCUAGGCCUGUGUGAGGCUUCCCCACAGAGCAUCCCGCAGCACUCCUCUCAAAUUUCAGCAUCCACCAAUGGACAAGUGGCCCACCCUGCUCACCUCCACCCCUCUCAGUCCCAUUUCUACUCACCCGCCUGUAAAUCUCUGACUCUGGAAUGCAAGCGCAGGCCCACUCGCGCGCAGAAAUUCAAGGGCGACCAGCCUGCAACCCCAGCGGGUGUCAGACACAACCCUAGCCACUGCCAUAGCAAUGGCACAGUAACUCUCGGCCCACGGCUGCCCUCCCACACACAUACUAUUGAUAUCAGGGUGACGGUAGACAAAGGCGGACGGGGAGGAUACAGUAACUCGUUGGGGCGAGGAGGAACCGUCAAAGGUGGCCGAGGGAAAUGUGUCACUUCACAGUGGGAUCAAGGGCAAUGUGAGAGAACUGCUGGUAAGCCAGGUGGAGCUGAACACAAGUCACAGCGGAGCCGCCAUAGUCUGCUGUCAUCUUCCCCCGGAGGCGUCCUACAAUUUGUCCCAGCUCAGACCCAGCAUUACAGAUUCAAGAGUGAAAAGGAAAAAGAAAACACAAGUACUCUCAACAGGGGCGACCAGGAAUUUCACUCUCAAAGUCACAAGAAGAGUUCCAAACUGGGAACUGCCCAUCAAAGCCAUAACACUCACAGUCUGCCCUAUCACCAGAACUCCGUCCCUGUCCCUCAUGCUGCCAUCCUAAACUCCAACUAUCCUUCAUCCCCUCCCGCCCAACCCCCCCAUGUCCCUGUCUCAUUUCAGCAACUUGGCCAGCCCCACCUGUCACACAGAAGGGACCAACGCCCUCACAUCCUUCAUGGUCUACCCCUCUCCCCCUGCUCCUCCCACGCCGGAGGCUUCCCCAGCCCUGAUCAUACCUGCACUAUCGACUGCACCCACCCGUUCAGUUGUGGCUGCUGGAGGCUGGUAAGAUGCAGAGGGUAUAAGGGGCACUCAGCUAGCUGCCAAGGAGGCGGAGGAAGCUCUUCCACCUCGUUCUCCUGUGGUCACAAUGUUGGAGCAGUGAAGAGAGGAGGCAAAGUAAUGGGCCUGAGAAAUCUCGGGGGGUGUCUCUCCAACGCCUCCACCUCCAACACUUCCUCUUCCAACAGCACUGUGUCUGACUGCCGAGCAGGUCUGUUCAAACCUCUCCGCUGUGCCUCCUGCUCUGGAGAGGCCGGGAACUUUGAGAGUCCUGCUAUUCUUCGCAAAAAACUGGUAGGAGGAUGCCUGCCUUGUACCCCGCUGUCCUCCUCAGCCCCUCUCCGGGCCAUACAGAGCUGUGUCACAGGCUGCAACCCCAAAGCCUCUCAGACAGGCAGCUCCACCUGCAGCUACUGCAGCAGUGACCCAAUAGUAGUGACAUUCAAUCCUCGCCGGGGCAAACCCCCAGGAAGAAGCAUCGGAGGAGCUCGCCCAAUGGGUAUGUUCCAGGCCGAUGAUGAUGACUAUAGCGUGCGUACUGUCUGGCCUGAAGAGCUGGCCAAGAAGAUGACCCACUCUAAAGCCCAAAAGACUCACUGUGCCGGAAUGGGACUGGGAGUCGGUAAGACCUGUACAAGCCAGGCACAAAAUGGUAGCAAUGGAACGGGCCUUGUCCUGCUGGACUGUCAAAACCUCCAGGAAUAUCCACAGUCUCAGCUAAUAGACCACGCAGGCAGACGGUGCCUUCAGCAAGGAAAAAUGGCCGCCCUUGAUUUUAUGGGCCGCAGAUCAGGAUCUGGUUACGAUGACGGGCGGAGCUCACUGAAGAGGCUCCUGAAUAAAAACGAAGAUGGAGGAAUGGGGGACAGUCAUGAGCAAAAUGGAGAAGCAGCAUAUCCACAUUCCCCCUCUCCUCGUUCUGUCUCCCCACCUUCACCUGUGUCCUUUUCGCCUCCCCCAUCCGCCCCCAGCACACUCAUCAAGCCCAAACCUUGGCAAAGAGACAGGGAGGGAGGACACUCUCUGCCGUCGGCUCAGUCACUUCACCUGGCCCUCAACUCCCUGAACAGAGAGCAAAAUGAAGAGAACAGCAGAAUGCACUUGUCUCUGCCGCUCUCUUCAUCAUUGCCAGCGUCUCUGUCAGACGAGAGUUUGAUGACGCCUGAUGCGGAGAAUGCCGUGAUCAGUGCCAUCCUGCCCUUCCUGUUUCUGGGGAACGAGAGAGACGCCCAGGACCUGGACCUGCUGAUGCGCCUCAACAUCGGCUACGUGGUCAACGUAACGACACAUCUGCCCCUCUACCACAUCAACUCCGGACUGCGCUACAAAAGGCUGCCAGCCACCGAUAACAGCAAGCAAAACCUUCGACAGUACUUCGAGGAAGUUUUUGAGUUCAUUGAGGAGGCAUAUCAGAGUGGACAGGGAGUGUUGGUGCACUGCCAGGCAGGCGUGUCCCGUUCGGCAACCAUCGUCAUUGCCUACCUUAUGAAGCACACCCUCAUGACAAUGACAGAUGCCUACAAGUACGUGCGAAGCCGGCGUCCUGUGGUGUCCCCCAAUCUAAACUUCAUGGGCCAGCUUUUGGAAUUCGAGCGGGACCUCAACUCUGGGGUGACUCCUCGCAUCCUGAUGCCCAAACUGAACGGUGUGGAGACACAGGUGUGAGAAAGGUCAGCGGACAAGAGCAUGCAGGUUUUUACCACAGAUCAAAAUGAAGACUAAAGUGGCAUUAAUGGGUGCAGCACAUUUUAGAAGACAGACAUGGUGAGAAAUAUUACAUCUGGGAAACGGUUUGGCAAUUAGUGCACUUUUAAUACUGUGAAAUACGAGACAAAAGACUGGAUGUGUCAUUUGUUUAAGUAGUAAUUCUUAGACAACAUGAUCUCCAUCCAGUAUACUGUUUAUAAGAUAAUGUGCCAAUAUUUUGUAUAGACCUUACAUGACUCUCAGAUAUCUCAUCUCUUUUUUUCUAAUGCCUCAUCCUUUUUGUUCCUGUUGUUUACAUUCACAGCACCACACACAAAUACAUAAAUGCAUGCAGCACAGGAACGCAAACAUGCAAAGGGAUCUCUGUUUAUGUCCUACUUCAUCUACUACAACACUCUCAUGUUCCCGCCAUAUGUAGCAACACACAGGUUAUUACACUGCACUUUAAAGCCCAUGCAUUUGUUUCAGUAUCACCAACAGAAUUGUCAUAAAGAUGUGAAGGAUUUGUCACACAGUCUUCAGUCAUUGUUUGGUUAUGAUUAUCAUGUUUGUUUGUUGUUUUCCUUUCCCAUUUUGGAACUGUGCAAUAGAGAAGCAUGGACCUAGUCAGUAGCAUUGAGUAGCAUUUACCUGGAUGUGACAAAA